CAGUGCCAAUGCCAAAUCGUCACUUUGUCAGGACAGGAACUGAGGAACAGAAACACGCAAGAAAAAAUAAGUAGCGUCGCCGAAAUCGAUCGACACCGGACAAAGAUUACUGUUACUGUCAAAAUGAAAUAUUUGUGGUCUAUUGUGCUCCUGGGGAGUGCUGUGCUUUUGCUAGCACCUGUUCCGGUUGUAUCUCAACCGGGUGAAACGCUUGUGCUGUUGGAUAACUUAGCCAUACGUGAAACGCACUCAAUCUUUUUCAAAAGUUUGCAAGAAAGGGGAUAUAAGCUUACCUUCAAGCUAGCGGAUGAUGCCAAUUUGGUGCUUUCGAAGUACGGCGAGUUUCUCUAUAAGCAUUUGAUUCUGUUCGCCCCUUCUGUGGAAGAGUUCGGCGGAUCUUUGAGCGUUGAAGCGAUUACGGAAUUCAUCGACAAUGGUGGCAACGUUCUAGCGGCGGGUAGCUCCAGUGCUGGUGACGCGCUUCGCGAACUAGCUUCCGAGUGUGGAUUUGAAGUGGAUGAAGAGAACGCUGCAGUGAUAGAUCAUUUGAACUUUGACGCUUCCGAUAGUGGAGACCAUACUUUAAUAGUUGCAUCACCAGAGAAUUUGAUCGAUUCGGAAAUCAUUGUCGGAAAGAAGACAGUGGGUCCAUUGCUGUAUCGUGGAACUGGAUUGUUGGCUGAUAAAGAGAACCCGUUGGUUUUGCAACUAUUGACGGCCGAUAGUAGCGCUUAUAGUUAUAAUCCGGAUACACCCAUAAAGGAGUAUCCGCAUGCUGUAGGCAAAGGCACACUGCUCAUAGCUGCCCUGCAAGCUAGAAACAACGCUCGAGUAGUUUUCUCUGGCUCGUUAUACUUUUUUUCUGAUGAAGCAUUCCUCUCGCCUGUGCAACGGACCGGUAAUCAGGAUGUUUCUAUUGCCAUCAGUAAGUGGGUCUUUGGUGAAAAUGGCGUUCUUAGAGUUCGAUCGGUACAGCACCACAAGGAAGGAGAAUCCCAUCCUCCAUCGUCCUACACAAUUACCGAGCCGGUCGUCUACACUAUUGACAUCGAAACCCUGGCUGAUGAUGGCAAGUGGAAACCUUUCCAAGCAAACGAUGUUCAGUUGGAGUUCGUGCGAAUCGAUCCAUUUGUUCGAACCACUCUUAAGUCGAUUGGAGGAGGGCGCUACCAGGCCAAAUUCAAAAUCCCCGACGUAUAUGGAGUGUAUCAAUUUAAGGUUAACUACGACCGAAUCGGCUAUACGCAACUGUACUCGACAACGCAGGUUUCGGUUCGCCCGCUAACGCACACGCAGUAUGAGCGAUUCAUUCCGAGCGCCUAUCCGUACUAUGCGAGUGCUUUCUCGAUGAUGGUUGGUGUGUUCCUUUUUUCCUUCAUUUUCUUACACUACAAGGACGAAUCGUCCGGAGCAUCCGCAAAACCAAGCGGCAAAACGGGUGGAAGUGACAAAAAGAGCCAGUAAGGAAGAAUGUGUCGUUUAGCCGUUUCUUCAUUUUGGCCGAACUAAUGUACUAGGUAUAGAUUCGUAGUUUAAGCUUACGGAAAUUCAAUAAUAUCGAAUACGAUGAAACAUUGAUUAAACUGCUGAAUAGAAUAGUAAAUUCCUGAUUUGUUUU